GAACCAGCAAACCCUUUCAGUUUUCAAGUAAUCAAAAACUUUCACAAAAUUCCUAAACCUUCUUAAUUCGCUGUUUUUUCAUAAAUUAGUUCCAUUCUCUCUCGAAGAAGUAUGAAUAGUGAAUCUGGGGUUUUUAUUUCUAGAAUACCUAAGAAUGUGGUUUCAAGACGACCAAAACCACCUCUUAGGAGAAGCCCAAGAGUACCUGAAGAUAAACCAAAAGCACAAGCACCCUCUGAAAUCAUCAUAAGUAGUGAAGAAGAAGUAAAAGAUGAUGAAGAAGAUAAAUCAUGGUUGUGUUCGUCAUCUGAGGAAGAAGAAGUCACAGAUCUUAAGAAGAACGAGAAGAAAUGUAAGAAGAUUAAUUAUCCAAAGAAGACUAAAGAUGAGGAUAUAGCAAUGAGAAGGAGACGACAAAGAGCAGUUGAGAUGGGUGAUGGGUUCCAGUCAGAAAAUCCAUUUUUCGCAAUUGUUUUGCAACCAUCUUACAUCACUCACAAAUACUUGCCAAUACCAGCUUCCUUUGAUCAGACUCACUUGUUUAGCCUUGGAAAGAGAAUUAAAGCUCAAACUGAGGAAAAAGAAGGAUAUUGGCUACUGAGUUUCCCAAAGAAUAACAAAGGAAGGUUAACUGUUGGAGUUGGACCAUUUCUGAAAGAUAAUGAUUUGGUAGUAGGAGAUGUAAUAAUCAUGGAGCUUAUGGAGGAGAUGACAUCCAUAUACCUUGAUGCUAAAGUUCAUAUUGUUCGUCCUGCUAAAUUACUAUGCUAUUAAGAAUACUUAAGCUACCUUUAAUUUCUAUGAAUUAAAGAUUUAAGUUGUUAUAAGCAUGCAUAAUUAUAUUCUUUCCUAGCUAUUUGUUGUUUUAGUUACUUGAAGAAUGUACUGUUUAACAUGUUUUAACAACAGGAAACUUGUUUACCAGAAGUAUUAUUAGUAUGUUAAUGUGCUGUUUAACAUGUUGUAAGUUCAUAUUUCACUCAAGGAUGACAUGUACAAAUCGAAAAUUAAUUAGUGAAUUAUGA